GUACCCAAAUACGUAUGGGGUUACAAAUUCAGGACCGCUAGUGUUUGUGUACGCAUAUUUGUGCGUAAACCUUAGUCUCCAACUUUUCACCGUCGCAUCACACCAAGGGUAUCGUGAACCCUCGCCGCAAAACAAUAUGGAUCCCACAAAAUUGGCGAAACUCCAGGCGCAGGCUGCAGCCAACAGGAUUGGUGGUAAAGGAACCAUACGUCGGAAGAUCGUCCGGAAGGCUAAGCCCUCUGCUGCACAGGAUGACAAAAAACUCCAAGGUGCCCUCAAGAAACUGAAUGUGCAACCUAUUCCUGGUGUAGAGGAGGUUAAUAUGUUCAGGGAAGAUGGAAACGUGCUGCAUUUCACUGCCCCAAAAGUACAUGCCGCGGUCUCCGCCAACACGUUUGCGAUCUAUGGAACUGGUCACGUCAAGGAGUUGACUGAGCUCGUGCCUGGAAUCUUGAAUCAACUUGGCCCUGAUUCAUUGGCAUCGCUCCGUAAACUUGCGGAAUCAUACCAAGCCAUCCAGCAAGGGCAACAGAGGCCACCUACCGGUGCCGCUGAGGAUGAUGAUGACGAAGUUCCUGAUCUCGUUGAGAACUUUGAUGUUGAGGGCGAGCAGGCCGCAGCCGAAGAGAAGAAAGACACCCUCGAAGAUGUGAACUGAGUGCGCAGCCUUCUUGGUGCGCGUAGUUUGGAGGGGAGUGUUUGUCAUAUCGGUAUUGAGAGUUAAUUUGAUGGGUGGUGGGAAGAGUUGGGAUAAAAUGACGGACGAAUAUCCGGGUGACAGCCAGCUCAUUUGCUU